CUCUUCUCCGUCUGGUGGAGUUUAUUUGACCGUUUUUACGUCAGUUAGACUUGUUAUGCACUAUGCAUUAUAUAAUGUUGUUGCCAGUGCAGUUUUAAUUUCAGUGUGGAGUAAUUUUUAGAUUACAGCUAGCCCACAUUAUCGUUUUCUAGCUGUCUGGUACAAAGUCUGUGGAUAAUAUACAGUCAAGCAGAGUAGCAGUCCUAGCUCGCAUGGAUAGGAUAGCUGAAUUAGCUAGGUUGCUUGUGUUUUGGAGUGCUACAGACUGAUCUUUUGCAGUCGGGUAGCUAAUUUAAUGAGAACAUCCGACUUCCACCAGUAGGUUCAUCAGCAAGCUCAUUCCAAGGAUGACCAUAGGCGCUUAAAAAUGGAAUAGAGCCUCGGGUCUCCCCCACAGUGCCCCUGCCCUGUCCUGCCCUGCCCCGCUCUCCUGAACAGAGCAGACGUGCCUCGUGGCACCAUGCCCGCCAGUGAGCGUCUGGGGCGCUCUGUCUUCUGGAAGCUCUUCUCGCCCUUCAGGAGGCCUCGGCAGGAGCGUGUGAUCCUGGCCCGUAGCGAGAGCAUGCCAGGCGAACACGUGCUGAAGAUCACCAUCACGGAGACCACGGUCAUCGAGACAGACUCGGGCACAUGGAACUCCAGGUCGCUGACCUAUCUGUGCCUUUGGUUCUUCUUCAGCUUCUGCACGCUGUUCCUUAACAAGUACAUCCUGUCCCUUUUGGAGGGUGAGCCGAGCAUGCUGGGUGCUGUCCAGAUGCUCUCCACCACGGUCAUUGGUUGCUUCAAGAUGUUUGUGCCAUGCUGCCUGUACCAGCAUAAGUCCCGGGCCGAGUACCCACCCAACUUCCUCAUGAUCAUGGUCUUCGUGGGGCUGAUAAGGUUCACCACGGUGGUGCUGGGGCUAGUUAGCCUGAAGAACGUGGCUGUGUCCUUCGCUGAGACCGUAAAAAGUUCGGCGCCCAUCUUCACCGUCAUAAUGUCCCGCCUUAUCCUGGGCGAGUACACUGGUCUCUGGGUGAACCUGUCUCUGUUUCCAGUGAUGGCAGGGCUGGCCCUCUGCACGGCCACGGAGAUCAGUUUCAACAUGCUGGGCUUCUCCGCCGCGCUCUCCACCAACAUCAUGGACUGCUUACAGAAUGUGUUCUCUAAGAAGCUGCUGAGUGGGGACAAAUAUAAAUUCAGCCCCCCUGAGCUGCAGUUCUACACCAGUGCCGCUGCUGUCGUCAUGCUGAUUCCUGCCUGGGUCUUCCUCAUGGACCUGCCCUUGAUAGGGAAGAGUGGGCGGAGCUUCAGCCUGAGCCAAGACGUGGUGCUCCUGCUUCUGCUGGAUGGGCUCCUGUUCCACCUGCAGAGCGUCACGGCCUACGCACUCAUGGGCCGCAUCUCACCCGUCACCUUCAGCGUGGCCAGCACGGUGAAGCACGCGCUGUCCAUCUGGCUGAGUAUCGUCGUGUUCAGCAACCCGGUGACGGCGCUCUCUGCCGUGGGCACCGUGCUCGUGGUCAUCGGCGUCAUGCUGUACAACAAGGCCAAGCAGGCGCAGAGGGACACGCUGCAUGCCCUCGCCCAGGCCGCCGACCCUGACCAGCGGCCCCUGGAGGCCAACAUCAAAGCGGCGGACUGAUCCGGAAGGCUCCUGAAGCUGGGACAUGGAGUGAAGCUGGAGUCCGCCCCUAGAAAUUUACAGUGGACCAAUGAAAAGAGGAGGAACUGAUGGUGGAUGGCAAAUCUGUGUAGACUUUGGUGCCUGGAAAAUGUCAUAAAAUAUGGCAUUCCUAACUCCACUGUUUUGAUAUAAAAUGGUACAGAUACCUUUUGUUUUGUUUUUUUCUACUAGUAUAUCGAUUACAAAAAAAGAAAAACAAUUUUUUUAACGUUUACUUUUCAUUCCUUAGGCCUGUUUAUUUGUAAAAUAGUUUGCCUCGUCUUUCUUCUUUAAAGACUUUUAAAAGAAAGAAAAUGACAUUAAUGGUGGAAAGAGAGAUCUCACUAAACUUCCCAAGGUUAGUUGUACUGUGGAUUCUUGCACAUAGGCCUGGGUGAAAGCAUGACUAGUCAUAUUUGCUUAAACUAAACUGACUGAAACAUUUUACCCUGUUGGCGUUACCUCUCCUAUAGCACAGACAUGUUCAUGCACGCUUUGUCUAGUGGAGAAUAAGCAGUGUCUUUCAAUAAGGGACCACAUUCUAUGAUGAUGUGUGGGUCUGUUUUGUGUUUCUUUCUCUUUCUUUGCACUCCCUAACUUGACAUUCUUGUGUGAGUCAUGAAUGCUUUCAGCCUUCCUAUGUAAAUCAAGCCAAGACUAAAUGUUCUAUUGUCAGUAUAGCCUGUUCAUUGAAGCAUUCCAAAGAUAUAAGGGGAGAAACGGUGUCUGCCAGCUGGUAAAUGCAUCGUUUGAUGACCUGUUUCUCAGCAGUCAAGAAAAUGGAGACCUGCUAUAGCUAGAACUCGAGCGUGGCUGUUUACAUGUUAGUAAAUUUUUACGCUCCAUUUCUUUUUUGCCGGUUCUGUCUUUUAACUUUUUUUUUUUUAAUGUGAUUUAUACAUUUAUGAAGCCAAAAUCACAAAUUAUGGCUGACUUGUCACUUGCUUACAGAUAUUCUGUGGCUUUAGCUGUAAGCCUGGAUUUUCCAGUGAGUCUUGAUGAGUAUGUUCGUGUAAUCCAUGUGUCUCAAUGGAACAAAGCACCUUGCUCUGGAGCUUCUUUUGACUAUACUGAUUGUGGAGAAACAAGUUCUGUAAUCAGUUGCAUCUGAUGCUUGUCAUUUUAAUUGUGACAGUACAAUCUGUAGUUAUUUAUGUGUGAUACAUUCAUGUGUAUCAGUAAUUGUCAUACCCUUAGUAAUGGGUAUUCAUUGAGUGUAGGAGACCUGUGAAUAUUGUUCUUGUUUUUACAUAGCAAACAUGAAGUCAGUAGUAGUUGUUUAAUAGUUGGUGAACUGCUUUAACGAUUCCAUUUCACCAUCUAUGGUUUGUGGUCUUUCUUGACCACUGAUAUAUUGUCAUUUGCCUAUUUUGUCCCUCAGGUGCACAUCCUUAGUGUUUUUUUGUUUGUUUGUUUGUUUGCUUGUUUUUUAAUGUGUUAAACUCGUCAUCUAGCCUACACUGAAGUGCUUCCCACAUUUUAGAUGCUCUGUGUUAUGUGUCAAAACUUGAAUUCCAAAACAACCUUUGUUCCUUAGACUACUGAGCUAAUGACAUUCCCUGUGGUGGUCAGUUAACUGACUAACAUCUGUUGCUUUCCUCUUAACUGUGAGCUUCAGAUUCACAUGGACCCUGUGGACUGGGACUUUUAUAUAUGUGGAUCCAUUUCUAAAAAUGCAUUUGUUAGCUUCAUUGGUAAAACCUGGUUGUAAUUCUUUUGGCACCAAUUUAAUAUCCUUCACUUAAUGCAGGUCUGGAAAUGGCAGCAUUUGUUCUAAAAGGGUAAAGCUUCUAGAUGCAAAAUGAAUUGUGGGUUUGGGUUUCUAUAUAAUGAAAGUUGGUGUUGCAUCUUGAGAAGACGUAUUUUCAUAUACUAAUGAACCAAAUUACUUUUUUAAAGGAUUUGUCUGUAUACAUUGGUCUUUGUGUAAAUUCAAGAUGUAAUAGGUGUAUGUCAUACUUUGUUUUUCAGAUGAAUUCAAAUUAAAAUUUGCUUAAGUUGUCGAAUAAAUUUAUAUUAAAUUGA